UCCGAAGUCAGGUUACACUCGGGACACAGAUAUAUCUUGGUUAUACAAAAAAUAUCUUUAUAACUAUACGGAAUACUUUUUUUGUUUUUAAAAAUGACAAAAUCUCAAGGCAUGUUGCAUCUUGUCCUCGUUUUACUUUUGCAAAGUUCAGCAGUAUUUUGCAAUGACCAAGAAGACAUAAGCUACAAAAUCAUUAAUCCUCCUCAUUCCGGGUGUGAACAAGAAGUCAAAGAUGGAGACAACAUUCAAGUGAAUUUCAUAGGAACUCUAAAAGACGGAACCGAAUUCGUUAACACAUACGCGGAUGAUUUGCCAUAUUAUUUCGUGGUUGGGUCCAAAAAGGUUCCGAAGGGUUUGUCCCAGGGAACGCUGGGAAUGUGUCCCGGAGAAAUCCGUGAAGUUAACAUUCCUUCCCAUCUCGGAUUUGGUGACGAGGAAAAAGAUAACAUUCCACGUGGGUCGCGGCUUGUGUAUGAGAUAGAGCUGAUAGAUUUUUUAGAAGUUAAAAUCGACUUCUUUGAUACUUUGGAUGUUGACAAAAAUGAACAACUUAAUCUAGAAGAGGUAGAACAAUAUUUUUCCCUGCCUGAGGUGAGCGAUGUUUUCGGCGAUGUUACGUCGAGCGAGAGUAGCUUAAACUUCCUUACACAAACACUCAUGAACCUAGGAGAUGAAAAUGGCGAUGAUCUUAUCAGCCGUGAAGAGUUCUACAUCCUUCAAGAUUUCAAAAACCAACAGCAGAAGGAAAAAGAAUCUAUGAUGGAAUUUAGAGAGGACCUAACAGACAAAUUAUUAUCUAUUAUGUCUCUGACCAAAUAUACCACCCUUUUUGUCGGCCUCUGCUUUGCGGUGGUUCUCGUCUCCUGUGAGGAGGGUGCCUCGCCAAAGAAGGUGGACAUCUACACGAUAGUUCCUCCACCAGGGGAUUGCGAGAAGAAAGCCAAAGAAGGGAAUGUCGUUCAAGUUCAUUUUAAAGGAACAUUAGAAAAUGGCACCGAAUUUUUUAACAGCUAUGAGGGUGAACCAAUUUUUUUCACGUUGGGAACAAAACAAGUUAUCAAGGGCCUGGAACAGGGUGUAGAGGAAAUGUGUGCGGGUGAGAAAAGACGGCUUACGGUUCCAUCAGCCCUGGCCUACGGAUCCAAAGGCAUCGAUGCUGUACCAGGAGGAGCGACCGUAAUUCUUGAAGUAGAAAUGCUCGCUGUAAAAGACCAGUUUGAUAUCCUUGACCAGUUCCAUAGAAUGGACACCAACAAGGACGGGGCUCUUGACGCCAUGGAGAUUGUGGAAGUUGUCAAUGGAGAACAGUUCAAGAAACUGAUGCCAAUGGCAAUGGAUGACAAUAUGAAGGACAUGAUGAUCCAAACUAUGUUCACAAUGGCAGACAAGAACCGAGACGGUCACCUUGACCCCUCAGAAUUCACAAAGCUGUCCAAGAUGGGGGAGAAGGCUAUGAAGAAGAAUAAGCCGAAGUCUGAUGAACUUUAAGAGUUAUAUUGUAUUUUUAUAUUAUUGUUAUGUGUAUAAUAAAUUAUUUAACUAGU